AUGAAGGGUAUCACGAAGUUCCUGCAGCGGACACCGCAUAUGGUGUCGUCGCGCGUAGGGAUUUCUGCCAAGUCUACGGAUGUUGAGUUUGAUCACUUUCGUCACAAGUUUGAAGCUAUGGAGAAGCUGAUCAAGCAGUUGGCCAGGGAGUCGAAGACGUACUUGGAUGGUGUGAAGAAAAUGCUCGAGUCAUGCUCUGCCUUUGCUGCCGAAUACAGUGCACUUUUCCAUCCGUUCGGCACCGAGUAUGACAUUGAGCGUCGCCACCCAGAGACUGUACAGACACUUGUGAAUCUGUCAGGCUAUGUGACGUACAUUGAUGAUCUGCGCGAGACUCUGCGUCCCGAGCUCGAGCUUAUCGCGACUCGCGUAGUUGCGCCUUGCCAGGAACUGGAACAGGUGCUAAAGAGUAUCAAUAAAGCUAUCACCAAGCGCGACCACAAACUGAUCGACUUCGAUCGGCACACCAAUUCAUACACCAAGCUGCGUGAGAAGCAGAACCGCUCGGCCAAGGACGACCAGCACAUGUUCAAGCUGGAGCAUGACUGUGAGGCAGCUGCGGGAGAAUAUGAGCACCACAAUAACAUCCUCAAGGCUGAGCUGCCGCAGUUCUUGGCUAUGGCUACCAAGUUUGUUACGCCGAUCUUUUACUCACUGUACUACAUGCAACUCAACGUGUUCUACCUGUCUAUGGAGAAGCUCAAAUCCUAUUCUGAGGGCCGCUUCGACAUGACAAACAACAACUUGAUCUCGCGUGAGCACAAGUUCUCCAUGGAUAUGAGUAAAGUGAUCGCGGACCUCGAAUCCUUCUCCAUCCAAAAGCCCGGUCCCCCAACGACGCGUAUUCUACAGAUGGCUAAGGCUGGCACACCUUUGAGCUCGCGUCCGCGUGGACUACCAUCGGCCGCUGGUAGUGCGGCACCACUGCCGCCACAGGAAGAAAUCAAAAAGGCCGAGCAAGUCACCGCUGAGGCUGCCGCCACCACCGAAUCGUCUGCUCCGCCUGCCUAUACGCCAGCGCCUGAAGAGGCAGCAGCGUCUGAUGCCGAGUACGUCGUUGCUUUGUAUGACUAUGCUGCGACGGCAGACGGAGACUUGUCAUUCAAGGCGGGCGAUCGUAUCGAGGUGCUGAAGCGCACACCCAGCGCCGAAGAUUGGUGGACAGGCCGCUUGAAUGGCGUUGAGGGCGUCUUUCCUGGAAACUACGUACGCGAUGCAUAG